GUACAAGAAACACCCACUCUAUGCCUGCAACGGCACCUGUUGAAGUCCAGGCGAUCUACCCGUGAUGCGCGACCCUCGGCUUCAUUCGCAAUGAGCCGGUCUACUCGCGAACGUGUGGGCCGAGCUGCACUGUCGCGAGUCCUGGAUCAAGUUCGCCAAGGUGGUGCGAGCCGGCGAGGAGCCUUACAAGGUGGUCAAGGCCAGGCCCAAGUUCGACAAGAUGACAGGUGAAUUUAGGAGCGAUCUACCGCUGCCUCUAUUGGGCCCCUGGCAAGUGGACGACUAUGUACCACACCUGCAAAAGACGGCAGGUGCCUCGUAACGAGUAUGGCAACGUUGAACUGUUUCAACCCAGCAUGCUUCCUGCCGGGACUGUACACCUCAAAUUGCCCGGUCUGAACCGAGUGGCGAGGAAGUUGCAGAUAGACUGCGCCCAGGCAGUGGUGGGGUGGGACUUCCAUGGAGGCUCCAGUCACGUGGUUAUGGACGGGUUUGUCGUCUGUGAGGAGUUCGAGGAGACGCUGACCGAAGCUUGGCAUCAGGAACAGCAAGAAGCCGAAAAACGUGCCCGAGAGAAGAUGGAGCAGAAGGUCUACGGAAAUUGGAAACGGUUGAUUAAAGGUCUGCUCAUUCGCGAAAAACUCAAACUGAAAUAUGGUUUUGAAAUCGAGGAAGAGGUGGUAGCUGGCACCUCUGGUAAGGGUCACAAGAACAAGAAAACAGCGAAAAAGUAAACCAAAGUAGUUAACAAAAAUAAGAAUUCCUUGCAGGCAAAAACAUUGAAGACAAAAAGUGAUUAAAUCCACGGCAUAUAAAAGUAUAUCUUUUUAUGAGUACCGUGAAUAAAUGUACAAAAAUCUCGGAGACAUUUGUUUAGGAAUGUCGUUGGGAUAUAAAACUAGAUGUAGGUUAAGGUUGAAGAUUUUUUUUCCAAAAUAAAUUUAUUAAUCAAGAUUUACAGAUUAAGAUAACUAGAUUAAGUGCCGGUUGCCUAAAAGCCGGUUAAAUUUUAACCGUGAUUAAUUCCACAAGAAACAAUCAGAGAUAGCCGUCUUUUCAAAAAUGCCUCUCUGAUUGGUUAUCG